AAAGAACCUGGUUUAUACAUGUAGUUGCAUGAUUAGGACUGGAAAGUAAUUUACUCAUCAGUUUAACACUAAUUAUGUAUACCGUACAUAACCUGUAAAUUGACUCCGUCCACAUCGUCACAAGAGUUGUUCAAAUUAUCUAUGCAACAUGCAAACAGCUAACGUGAUAAAAUAGUCCAACUUUUCCUUUACCGUGUGACAGGUAAUGUUUGAUAGGUAAAAAAGAAGAUAUUUUAUUCAUUGGCUGUUCCAGAUAGCCGCAGUAAAUAAGUUAUUGAAGUUUUUUUAUCGUUAAAUCUAUUCUGAACGAUAACUUACGGCCAGCUACAAAUAAUGAGCUAUGGAAAGUGAUGCAAUUGGUGAUCCAUGACUUCGGUCAAUCUGAUAUAAAACCCGACUACUCUUUAAAUACCAGGUGACAGGAUGCCACACAGUGGUAUUUACAUCAUGUCUCUGACUCUUAGCAUGAGUCCUUGUGGUGUGCGUCAUAGGAGUGAGUUGUUUACCGAUGCCGGAGGCAGUGUAGUCGGCGUGUGUAGUGUUCGUAAGCGUGACGGUAUGGCAGUAGCAACGAUGGAUUUGGAGAAACAGUGUAAUAUUCAGUCUUUUGCAGUGCUUGAUUUAGAAACAACAGGCUUACCAGUGUUCGAAUGCAACAGAACGAGAAUAACAGAAUUGAGCAUUGUAGCCGUAACUAGAAAACAUGUUAUCGAGACUGGGAAUUCAGAAGAGAAGCUUCCUAGAGUGCUGCAGAAGCUAAACCUAUGUAUUUACCCAAAAAAGAGAAUAUCACUCGAGUCCUCUCAAAUGUCAGGACUGUACAAUGACACACUAGAGGACUGUAGCCCAUUUGAUGAUGAUGUGUUCAUGUUAUUGGAUGCAUUUCUCAGACGACUGCCUCAGCCUGUGUGCCUAAUUUCACACAAUGGUUUUAGGUUUGACUUCCCAGUACUUCAGACUGAACUAUACAGAUUGGGAAAGGUACUUGCAGACGGCAUAUUAUGUGCGGACUCCUUGAUUGCCUUUCGGCAACUCCUUGGACAGAAAGCGAUAACCAAUGGCGUAUCAUGCGUAGAAACAAGAAAUGAACAGACUGUUAGUCUCCCAGCUUCAGAUGGAUAUGAUGAUAUUCUCUGUGAUAUUGUAGAGAAGAUUGAGGCAAAAUGUUUAGAGAGUGCUGAUAUCGUAUUUAGUGAUGAAGCAAAGUAUGACUAUAAGCAACAAGAACUAGAAAAAACACCAACCCAGGGUAUUGCACAAGCAAAUGAUCCCCCUAAGCUCAAACCUCAUGAGAACAAACCAAGCACUUCAGAAAAAACAAGUAGCAAGGUUAGAAAACGCUUGUUUGAUGAAACAAACACACAUGAAACUGAAUCUAAAGUACUGAAAAGAUUUAGAUUGGGAGAUGUAUACGAGUUUUUGUUGGGGAAAAAACCUGAAAACUGUCACCAUGCCGAAGGGGAUACAUUGAGUCUCUUGCAGUGCAUAGUUACAAAGGGUUCAGAAUUUAUUGAAUGGACUGACAAUAAUGCAAAGCUUUUCAGUAAGAUACAAAAGUUGUCGUUCUGAUGAAAGCUGUGCACAAUGUAGUUAUGUUUUUAAUCUUUUUAUGUUUUUUUUUAUAGUUUUAAAAUGCUGUUAAUAUUUGAAUAUGUUUUAAUGAACUAUGUAAUGUGCCUUUUUGCAUUCAGCAUUACUUGGUGUUUUUUAUAUAGUAAUGAAAUCGUGUGAAUGUUUUAUCCUGUUUUGAGAGGAAGUGUGGAAUGCAAAGAGAAAUUCUAUAUUGUCAUGUAUUGUACGUCAGUCUCUAUUCAAGAGCACUGAUAAUCAUAUUUUUAGAAUAAUACAUGUAUCACUGCUGAUAGGAACAUAAUGUUUCAAACUGUAUUUACCUUGUGACAGAUAAUGUAAUUUUUUUACUUCUAUUAAAUGUAUGUUUGCUA